AUGCUUUUCGCCACUUUCUUCAACUUGUUAUACGGCAUUUUCGUCGUUGUUGCUUUUGGUUUUUUUGAGGAAAGUACACCGAUGGCUCAAGUGAUCUUCUCCGUGUUGGAUAUGUGCUUUGCUUGGUAUCCUUUCAUGAUUCUUUUGCUUUCCCUGUGGACUGUCGAAGAGUGGCGUGUUCACUACGAGCAACUCUUGUACGCGUUUUUCGGCUGGAAAACACCUGUCCACAAGCGCACGCACAUCAAGAAUAUCGAUCCACAAAGCCGGUCGAACAUCUACUUUAAUUAUUAUAAAAAUGAUUGG